CUGAGCGCCUCGUGCAGCCGGGCGGGGCUGCGCCUCCCCGCGCCGCGCUCGCGGGUGCCGGCGGGGGGAGCCGCUCCCGCCGCUCCCGCCUGCGCGCCGCCGCCGCCGCCGCCGCCGCCUGGGGCCAUGGCGGCGCUGGUGCUGGUGCUGCUGGCGGCACUGGGCGGGCGGGCCGUGCUGCCAGGCGGGCAGUGCGCGGCGCCGCUGGCCGACCUGCGCUCGCAGAUCUCGGGCGUGGAGUCGCUGCUGGAGGAGUUUCGCCGGCAGCUGCAGCAGGAGGAGCCGGGACUGCCGGCGGCGGACGGCGGCGGGGAGCGGUGCGGCGGCAGCACCAGCUUCUCCGCCAGGCCCGACUCCAUCAUCCGCACCAAGGACUCCAUCGCGGCCGGCGCCACCUUCCUGCGGGCCCCCGGCGCCGUGGCGGGCUGGCGGCAGUGCCUGGACGCCUGCUGCGCCGAGCCGCGCUGCACGCUGGCCGUGGUGCAGGAGCCCGCCCGGCCGCGGGGGCCGGCGGCGGCGGAGCUGGGCUGCUACCUCUUCAACUGCACGCACCGCGGCCGCCCCGUCUGCCGCUUCGCCCCGCACCGCGGCUACAGCACCUACAGCCGCCGGCCCGCCGGCCUCGCCCCGCCGCCGGAAGAAGAAGAAUUCGACAAACUUCCACAGUGCAAGGCAGGACAAGAUAUUGUGCUGCAGUCACCUGUGGACUGGGUGCUUUUGGAUGGCCGAGAAAGCUCAGAUGACCACGGCAUCGUGCAGUACGAGUGGACGCUGCUGCAAGGUGACUCGGCGGUGGAAAUGAAGGUACCGCAGCCAGGAACACUGAAACUCUCUCACAUCCAGGAAGGCAGGUAUAUUUUCCAGCUAACUGUGACAGACACCGCAGGCCAGCAGAGCUCUGACAACGUGUCCGUGACCGUUCUGCCCAUGGUUCAUUCUGCAGUAGCCUGUGUCGGGGUUUGCUCUCGCUACCAGUUUAUCUGCGAUGACGGCUGCUGCAUUGACAUCACCUUUGCUUGCGAUGGCGUGAGACAGUGCCCUGAUGGGUCGGAUGAAACUUUCUGCCAGAACUUCAGCCCAGGCCGGAAGACGGUGACGCACGCGGCCCUCGGUGCUGCCCAGCAAAGGACCGUAGGACGGACAGAAAACAUGGAUGAAAACUCCUCUGCAGAAAACACCCAGAAAGCCACUGCCAGAAAUCAACCACUUCUUUCAGUGGAUGCAGACAUGUCUAACCAAUCGCUUUCUCAGGGACCAAAGAAACAAAUCAGUGGAUUUGUGCCAGAUAAUAGUUCCUCAGGGAAAAGAACAGAUGAUAAAAAUGGGAAUGGCAUAAUUGUGCCAAAGAGAGAUCAGCUUGGAGGUGGUCGUCCAGUCCCAGAAACAGGUGCUGUGUUACCCUUAGCCUUAGGCUUGGCCAUCACUGCUUUACUGCUGCUCAUGGUUGCUUGCAGACUGCGUUUAGUGAGACAGAAGCUUAAAAAAGCUCGACCUAUUACAUCUGAAGAGUCCGAUUACCUCAUCAAUGGGAUGUAUCUCUAGAACUUGGACUUAGGUCAGUUGUUUUCUCCCAUUUCUCCUGUGUCCAUGAACCUCUGCCUCUAUAAAAGGACCAAAAUCUUUAAUUAAGUUUCAAGUGUAGAAGAAGCCUACAAUAUAAGGAAUGUGUUCUUCCCCUAGGUGAUAAAAUAAAAAAGUGGGUAGAUGCCUGUGCUCAGAACAUACAAAGCAUUCCGGCUCCAGAGACUUAACUCCAGUUAGCCCUUGUGUGGAAGACGCUGCAAGGUGGGGCUACCCCAAACUGGGUAGGGGAUGCCCUUGCCCUCCCCAUGGCAGUCGGGGUCCCAGCUGGGACCCAGUGUGUCGCAGGGCCUGGGCAUGGGAUCAGCCAGGGCCCAGCAGCCCUGGCUGAGGUGGGGAAGGGAGCUUGUGCCACCAUCCCCUUCUCAGCGCUGCCACCCACCGCUGUGCGUCGCUCUGGGGACUGGGACACAGCAGGCCAACACGUUACUGUACUGCCCAGCAGAGACUGACUGAUUGGUGUGCUUUCACAGAAUGGUAGGGAUUGGAAGGGACCUCAAAAGAUCAUCUAGUCCAAUCCCCUUGCCGGAGCAGGAACACUUAGAUGAGGUUACACAGGAAUGUGUCCAGGCGGGUUUUGAAUGUCUCCAGAGUAGGAGACUCCACAACCUCCCUGGGCAGCCUGUUCCAGUGUCUGCCACCCUCACUGAGAAGUUUCUUCUCAAAUUUAAAUGGAACCUCCUGUGUUCCAAUUUAUACCCAUGGCCCCUUAUCAUUAGUUGUCACAGAGAAGAGCCUGGCUCCAUCCUCAUGACAUUCAUCCUUUACAUAUUUAUAAAUAUUAAUAAGCUCACCCCUCAGUCUCCUCCAAGCUAAAGAGCCCCAGCUCCCUCAGUCUUUCCUCAUAAGGAAGUUGCUCCACUCCCUUGAUCAUCUUUGUUGCCCUGCGCUGGACUCUCUCCAGCGGUUCCCUGUCCUUCUUGAACUGAGGGGCCCAGAACUGGACACAAUAUUCCAGGUGUGGUCUCACCAGGGCAGAGUAGAGGGGAAGGAGAACCUCUCUUGGUCAACUAACCACCCCCCUUCUAAUACACCCCAGGAUGCCACUGGCCUUCCUGGCCACAAGUGCAUCCUGCUGGCUCAUGGUCAUCCUGCUGUCCACCAGGACCCCCAGGUCCCUUUCCCCUACGCUGCUCUCUAAUAGGUCAUUCCCCAACUUACACUGGAACCUGGGGUUGUUCCUGCCCAGAUGCCAGACUCUACACUUGCCCUUGUGAUAUUUCAUUAAUUUUUUUCCCCGCCCAACUCUCCAGCCUGUCCAGAUCUCGCUGGAUGGUAGCACAGCCUUCUGGCGUGUCAGCCACCCCUCCCAGCUUAGUGUCAUCAGCAAACUUGCUGAUAGUACACUCUAUUCCCUCAUCCAAAUCACUGAUGAAUAUAUUGAAUAAUACCAGCCCCAGUACUGACCCCUGAGGCACUGCACUAGAUACAGGCCUCCAACUAGACUCUGCCCCAUUGACCACAACUCUCUGGCCUCUUCCCUUCAGCCAGCUCGCAGUCCACCUCAAUACCUGAUCAUCCUGACUGCACUUCCUCAGUUUAGCUGCAAGGAUGCUGUGAGAGACUGUGUCAAAUGCCUUACUGAAAUAAAGGUAGAUCACAUCCACUCCUUUGCCAUCAUCUAUCCACCUCGUUAUGUCCUCAUAAAAGUCAAUGAGGCUGGUCAGGCACGACUUCCCCUUGGUGAAGCCAUACUGACUGUCUCUAAUGACCCUCUUAUCCUUGAUAUGCCUUGAGAUGGCACCAAGGAUAAGUUGUUCCAUCAGUUCCCCAGGGAUGGAGGUGAGGCUGACUGGUCUGUAGUUACCCAGGUCCUCCUUCUUGCCCUUUUUGAAGACUGGAGUGACAUUUGCUUUCCUCCAGUCCUCAGGCACCUCUCCCAUUUCCCAGGACUUGGCAAAGAUGAUGGAGACCUCAGCCAGCUCCCUCAGCACCCGCGGGUGCAUCUCAUCUGGACGCAUUCCACCUGAUACACUGGGAGUAUUUUCGUUAAGGAAUUUGUCUGCUUUGUUAAUUGAAAGCAAUCACUAACUAAGCACCAGCUUUUGUAAUGAAAUUUGGGAUUUGAGGAAUAAAGUAUUUUUUUUUCAUUUGUAGUUUAACCCUCUGUGCAGCUAACAGAGAGUCACGCUUACUAACUGCUAAAAUGAAAAAAAUCAAGUCCUCAGCGGAUGAGUUUGGACUUACCAGUGCUCGACAGCAGUCGUGUGCAAUCCCAGAGCUGUCCCUCCUCAGAGCUCAGGGCUUGUUCAGCCUGUUCCAUGCCCAGCUCGACACCCUCCAGGCUGUGCGAGAGCAGCACACAGCAGCUUUUACCUGGGAUGCUGGAGUGUAGGAUUCCUGCUGGUUAUCCCGCAGCUCCCUGCAAAGCUUGAAAGCUUCGGCAACCUGCCCCCACCCCAGCAAAAUUCUCAUAGAAUUAGAGCAAGUAAUUGAUAUGUGUGAGUGAACUUCAGAUGUGUUAACAGUAAAAUGUGUACAGUACAUGUUAUAUAUACCUAUAUAUAUAUAUAUAUAUACAGACACCGUGCUGUCUAUCUUGUUUGACUGUCCAAGGAUGUCACAUUCAUCACGGGUCCCAAUAAAAACAGAGGCAGAUGAGGCAUGCAUCUUUUUGUACGUCGUCUUUUGUACUUCGGUAACUUCAAAUCAGCGAGAAUAUCGCCAUGGUAUACAAAUAGCUCUUCAAGUUGCUCGGUCUUAAUUACUUUAUGUAAAAUAGCUCUAAUAAACCUAUUUUAUUCUUA